CCUCGGACGUGAUCCAGUGGGUGAAUCGACUUUAUUUGCCAGUUGCGAGAUCACUUUCAGUUGGAAGUUUAGUUAGAGUCAAUCGGCUUUUUUUGGAAUCGAAAGUUCGUCCACUGUGUGAAUAAUGGCAAGUCGUUCCUUGCUCAGUGUUCUUGUGAUUGGAUUCAUCGUCGGAAUUGCUGCUGCGAGAGAAUUAAUAAAUUGUUUGGAUGGUGACACAUGUGCUCAUAUAAGGGCAGUUGUUCAAGGCCCGCAAGACGUCCGUGAAGUUGUAAAAAGGUUCUCCAGAUCAAAAAGUGUUGACCUUUAUGGUAACCUACUGACGCAGUUUCUCGAUCGUGAUUUUGCCUAUCAAACGCCAUCGGUGCAAUGGGAACGCUUAAACAUUUCUUAUAAUUUCUUGGAAGAUGAUUUUUUCACAUCAAUUCAAAGUAAUCAACUGAAGUUCGUUGAUAUUACGUAUAACAAGCUAAAAACAGUAACAGUCAUGCCUUCGGUAAUUGAAUUUAUUGCGGAACGCAACAAUUUAUAUAGUGUGAAUAUUCAAUCGAAGAACCUGCAAAGACUGAUUCUACCGAAGAACGAAAUAGAUUCACUUGGUAGCUUCAACAAUCUGGCACGAUUAACAGAGCUGGACUUAUCCUGCAAUAAACUAGGAAAGCUGGAUGUGAGUGCACUUUCCUCAUUAACUAGUCUCCGAGUCUUAAAAUUAGCAAAUAAUGGUUUACAUAUUAUAGAAGGAACAGCUUCUAUUCGAUCGCUAGAAAGUUUAGACCUAUCCAACAACAUAUUAACCACGGUGGAUGAAUCAAUUAAUAAUUUUCCCAAUCUUAAAAACUUGUACCUACAAGGCAACAAGAUUGUCAUCUGGAUAAUUAAUAAAGUAACCAUCUACGGGAGCUUAAAGUUUAUCAAUAUUGAGAAUAACGAUUGGGACUGUAAACAUUUGGGUGAGUUGAAAAAGAAAAUCAGCGGCAAAAUUGUACCUGGGUCAGAUGCAUCGAAAUGUACUACCGUGGAUUCACCUUACGCCGAUCGAUUGAUAAAGUAUCGAAAGCAAGAGUUCAAAGCCCUCCAGGAAGGAAUAGCUCGUCAGGAUGGCAGUAUUUCGUGUGAUGCAUACAAACCAAGUCCGUGCGAUGGUGACGAUAAUCUGGUGUACGAAGUUGCCGGUUCGUCUGUACGGACUGCCGAAGGCCUUGCCAAACAGAGCGUUCAACAGCUCGAGACCGCAUUGUCGCAGGAGGAAAAUGUCGCCAGAUCCAUUCAGGCCCAAAUAGAAGUCGCCAGAAGGGAAAAUACCCAGCUCGUGAGUGAAAACAAUGAACUGGCUAAUUACAUCGGUGAACAGUACCGUCUGGCUGGGCUGAGUGGAGACAGCGAUGUAGAGAUCCAGUUGAAUAAGAUCUUCGAACAUUACGAGUAUGAGAACACGAAACGCAAGGAAGACAUCAACGCUGAGGAACGUCGAAAUCAGGACAAGUUGAAUGAAAUAAACAUGCUGCAGACUCAGAUGGAUGACGAAAGCUAUCGGAAGGACACGUUGCUUGAAGAUUUAGAGAAGCGCAACACAACUGUGAUUGGCUAUGAAAAUAAAAUCAAAGAACUAGAGAAAAGACUUGCAAGUGGAUAGUGAUUUGUUAUAUAAAAAAUCGAUAUAAUAAAGGCCCAAUACCCAUUACUCGAUUACAUCCUA